AUGGAGUUGUAUAGCGAUGAUAACUGUCCUUUGUUUCUUAGUGAGUAUAUUCGAUCAAAUCCUUCUUCUGCAAUAAGCGCACGUUGGGUAUCUAAACUUACCGAUGAAGAACAAGGGGAUUGUAUAGCGAAAAUGGUUGAAAGUGCGGUUUAUCAAGAAACCUGGCUUUCAUAUUUUGAAUACGCGGAGAAAAAGGAAAUUUCCGUGACGGAUGAGAUAUCCUUAGAGGCUAUUCGUGCAGUUGGCCUUGAUCCGUACAGUGCCUCUUUAUGGUUAAAAGUUAUUGAGCUAUGUUCAAAUGAAGAAAAAAAGCGGGAAUUAUUUCAACUGGCGUUAAGGGUGCCCUUGUACCAGCAAGGUCUGGUCUAUAAGGCUUACAAAAAUUUUGAGUCAGAAGUGGCCAAGCAAAGUGGACACAGCAUUUCGAGCUUUCCGUCACUUUCCGAAGUUAUGCAAUAUUCCAAGAUAUUGGAGACAGAACCUGUUUGGCCCGAUAGGUUUGUGACGUCCAGACGGCCAAUCGUGCGC